AUGCAUGCCAACGACUCAGCCUACAUUAAAGAAGUUUGGUCUGAAAACCUUGAAGAGGAGAUGGCACACCUACGCGAUUUGGUGGAAGAGUAUCCCUAUCUAGCCAUGGAUACUGAAUUCCCAGGUGUCGUCGCUCGGCCUAUUGGCACUUUUCGAACUUCCUCCGAUUACCACUACCAGACCUUACGCUGCAAUGUCGACGUGCUAAAGAUCAUUCAACUUGGUAUCACCUUUGCGGAUGAACACGGCAAUCUUCCACGCAACAUUUGUACUUGGCAAUUCAACUUCAAGUUUAGCUUGUCUGAAGACAUGUACGCCCAAGAUUCAAUCGAGCUGUUGACCAAAUCAGGAAUCGAUUUCAAGAAGCAUGAGGAGCAUGGUAUUGAUGUAGAGCACUUUGGUGAGCUGUUGAUCAGUUCAGGCUUUGUGCUUUUGGAGGAUGUCAAGUGGAUCUCUUUUCACAGUGGAUACGAUUUUGGAUAUCUUCUCAAGUUGUUGACGUGUUCCCCAAUGCCAGCGGAUGAGACCGAGUUCUUUGAAAUUCUACGACUUUAUUUUCCCUGUAUAUAUGAUAUCAAAUAUUUAAUGAGGAGCUGCAAGAAUCUCAAGGGUGGAUUGCAAGAUAUUGCUGAUGAUUUACAGGUGGCCAGAGUGGGUCCUCAGCAUCAAGCGGGAAGCGACAGUCUUUUGACAUGCACAACCUUCUUCAAGAUGCGACAAAUGUUCUUUGACGAUCGAAUCGAUGAUCAGAAAUAUCUAGGAUACCUAUAUGGCUUACGCAGUAGUCCAAGCGCCGUACAAUCACUCACACAAGCAACAAGCAACAUGUCGUUGAAUAGCAACAACAAUAGCCCGACAAUUACAGAUGGUGGGGAUAUAAAUGGAAAGAUGAAUGGAACAAUCAGGCAAUAA